AGCUCGUCUCGCACACCGCCGUCCAAACAGUCCAUCAAGGUAAGAUCCGUCAAUUUGUGCGGUGCUGCGUGAUCAGAGUGCCUUGAGGAAUGUGUGUGUGCGACAAUUGGCCGUGUUUCAUGGGGAGAUCGGGGAUGGAUGGGUUGAUGAAGGUGGGGUCGACAAGUGUUCGCGGACGGCAUUGGGGGAACUGGAAGGUCAACUGCGUGGAUUGGCAACGAGUUCUCGAUACCACGGCAAGAUCAGCAGCAUUCAACACUGGCCAACGAGCUUCCCGAGCUUCAUUUCGACGUCUUUCGGCUCUCUUCAUAUCCUUCCUUCAACGCACUCUUCAUCCACCGCACAUGCAUACACCCACACCCUCAAGAACCCAAUAACUAAACAUUGCCUAGAUGUCCACCAACGAGCUCGCCAUCUCCUACGCCGCUCUCAUCCUCGCCGACGAGCAGGCCGAGAUCACCUCCGACGCCCUCCUCUCCCUCACCAAGGCUGCCAACGUCACCGUUGAGCCUAUCUGGGCUUCCCUCUUCGCCAAGGCCCUCGAGGGUAAGGACGUUAAGGAGCUUUUGUUGAACGUUGGUGGUGGUGGUGCCCCCGCUGCCGGUGUUGCCGCCUCUGGUGCCGCUGCCGGUACCGCCGAGGAGGCCCCCGUUGAGGAGAAGAAGGAGGAGAAGGAGGAGUCCGACGACGACAUGGGCUUCGGUCUCUUCGACUAAGCGUCUCGCUUCUUCGCUUUCUCGUCUUUUGGGUGUCA